GUCAAGUUCAAGCCCAUCUCUCCCCUGCUUUCAUUUGUUUUCAAAAGUUGUUCCGUGCUUGCGUUUUUUGUUGAGUUCAUUUGGGAUUCUUGCAUGUCAGUCACAAAAACGCGUGCGCGGUGCUUCGUAUAAUAGUGGCAGCCUCGAAGGCAGUUUUAUACUCAUGGAGGAGAAUGAAUUCAAGUCAUGUGGCCGGGGGGGCCGAGGUGCUCGCCUCCUUGCAGCUCUUCAGCAAGUGCGCCGUCCUGGAGAAAUACCUUCAGACGGUUCUGGGGACGCUGCACCGGCACAACAACAACCCAGCACAUCUACUGCAGAGGCACCGUUGAGCAGACCCAGCCCCACCCUCCCUCCUGUGGCUGGAAGAGGUGCCCUCCUGGAAAAGCUUAUGUUACAGUCUCGCUCUUCAUCUGCGGCGUCCAGUGACUCUGGUACUACAAAAGUCGCCCCUGGAAGAGGCCUGUUGACUGCGUUGGGCAGAAGCAUUGCGCACACACCUGUUGGACGGGGGAUUUUGGCACAAAUUCGACCACCGUCUGAAGUCGGGUCGACAUCGUCUGUUACGACAACGCCUGCUCCCUCUGUGACAGCUUCUUCACGAGCAUCACCAGAGCCUCCGGUUGAGGAGAUGCAACAGUUAGUCGUGAAAGAGUUUAGAGGCAAAUCUGGAAAGCCCGUCCCAGUAGAGGUGAACUAUGUGAGGUUAGAGACCAUGCCUGGAAUGGGAGUGUACGAAUACCAUGUGGACUUCAACCCGCCGAUGGACUCCAAAAACGUGCGCUUCCAACUCAUCCGUAGUGACCCAGUGGUGGAAGCGAUAGGGCGUACAAAAGUGUUUGACGGGGCGAAGUUGUACCUCCCGGUUAAGUUGCCUAACAAAGUUACGAGCAUAGGGUCGCAGCUACGUUCAGAUGGCAGCGCUGUGAUGGUGCACAUAAAGUUUGUAAAGAAAACACCUCCGAGCCAGUGUGUACACCUCUACAAUGUACUCUUCAAGAAGGUGCUGCUUUGCCUGCAGCUGACACAAAUUGGGCGUAAUUAUUUUGAUCACAAGGGAAGGAUUCCGAUACCACAGCACAGGUUGGAAGUUUGGCCAGGCUACAUACAGUCUGUUGGAGAAUAUGAAGGUGGCCUGUUGCUUAACUGCGAUGCUUCGUUCCGCGUACUCCGCACCAUAACAGCACGAGAUAUACUGUUCGAAAUCUACAAUGCAGCACCAAAGGACUACAAAACAAAGGCUGUUCAGGCACUUGUAGGAAGCAUAGUGAUGACACGCUACAAUAACAAGACAUACCGCAUCGAUGAUAUCAGUUGGGACCUCAAGCCAACGUCAUCUUUUAGUGCACGGAAUGGAGAGGAGAUCACUUACAUGGAUUACUACAAGAAAAUGUACAACAUCCAGAUCAGUGAUACAGCACAGCCCCUUCUUAUUCACCGGCCAAAAGAACGGAAGGGAGUUGAGGCACAGGCGGAGGAACAAAGGCUAAUCUGCUUGGUGCCAGAACUGUGCCUCUUGACUGGCCUCACCGACGAGAUGCGGGCUGACCACAGGAUCAUGAAAGACAUUGCAGGUCACACACGGGUAAAUCCAACGCAGCGCCAGCAUGCUCUCAUGCAGUUUGUGAAACGUGUCAAUGAUUGCCCGGAAGCAAUGAAAGUCCUCGGAGACUGGGGUGUCAAGCUGUACAACAGCGCUGUCACGCUGGACGGCAGAAUUCUCCAAGAGGAGAAAAUAAUGAUGAAGUCGAAGAGCUACUUCCAUAAAGGCACUGCUGACUGGGGACGUCUGUUGUCACAAGACUCUGUCAUACGCGCGGUGAACCUGGAGAGUUGGGUAGUUAUAUUCUCCAAGAGGGACACCCAGCGUGCCAAGGGAUUCAUGGAAAUGAUGUCUCGCAUCUGCCCGUCCAUGGGAAUUCAAGUCCAGCAACCCCUCACUAAGGAGCUUCCGAGUGAUAGUACAGACAGUUACUUAAGGGCCAUCAAAGAUGUUCUCAGCCAAAGGACGCAAGUUGUGGUGUGCAUCUUCCCCACUAGUCGAGAUGACCGCUACAGCGCUGUGAAGCGCCUCUGCUGUGUGGACAUGCCCGUGCCGUCGCAGGUUAUAAUUUCCAACACUAUUGGGAAGCCGGACAAACUGAGGAGCGUGGUGCAAAAGAUAGCUUUGCAGAUAAACUGCAAGCUCGGUGGAGAGCUGUGGGCUGUGGAGGUGCCAAUGACCAACGUGAUGGUUAUCGGUGUGGAUGUGUACCACGACACCACAAAGGCCAACAGAUCAGUGUUGGGGUUUGUGGCGAGUCUGAACCAGCCUCUGACGCGAUGGUUCAGCAAAUGCUCAUUCCAGGACAAAGGGAAGGAACUUGUCAACUGCCUAAAGAUCUCUAUGCUUGAAGCUAUUGUUAAGUACUACGAAGUCAACCACAAGCGACCCGACCGGAUUUUCUUUUUCCGUGAUGGGGUGGGUGACGGUCAGCUCAGCUACGUGAGCGAAUUUGAAGUGGAUCAGCUGAUACAGUCGUUUGUGAACAUCAGCCCCGACUACAGCCCAAAGGUGGCAGUCGUGGUGGUGCAGAAACGCAUCAACACGCGCAUAUUUGCCAAAGUGAACCGCGGAGAGCUUGACAACCCAAUGCCGGGCACAGUUGUUGAUCACACAGUCACUCGCAGGGAAUGGUACGACUUCUUCCUCGUUUCCCAGAAGGUCAGGCAGGGAACAGUGACCCCAACUCACUAUGUAGUUGUUCGGAAUACUACAGAGCUUUCACCAGACCAGAUGCAGCGCUUGUCCUACAAGCUUACCCAUCUGUACUACAACUGGCCAGGAACAGUAAGGGUCCCUGCCCCUUGUCAGUACGCACACAAGCUUGCAUACCUAGUGGGUGACAACAUUCACCGGGAGCCUUCCUCACUGCUCUCGGAUCGCCUCUUUUACCUCUAGGAGGCUCAUCUGUGUUCACCUUUAGGGAGACUUUUUUGUGGUCGUUGCAAAAGUCAGCGUCAUUGUGCAACGUUUGUGUUUUUCGUGAGCGAGUUGCUGUCCUGGAUCAUUUAUUCACUCACAAAAGUGUGACUUACAUGAGAGACCCAUUUUCAUCUGUACAUACUGGCAAUAAAACACGUUUUUUGUUAAUGCUCCUCCAUAAAAA